ACGGGGCUGACGUUAGCGGAAGCAAGUCGUUGCUUUAGCUCGUUAACUCAGAACCAUAACAGAGGGGAUUUUUUCGUAUUAAAUCUCCCAAAAAAUCUGAUUCUGUUUCAGAUAUCGCUUUGACUCUAUCCGGGACAACUUACCGGCUACCUCUCUUUGCUUGACAGACGACAUAGAAGUAGCUAGCGAGCGAUAAACUUCGACUGAGAUGGAGGACCCUGGUGGUACAGGAGCAGAGCAUGGGGCUCCAUCACCAGCAGGUGCAGCCAAGUCAAAGCUGGACACACUCCCCAAAGAUGACCUUAUCAAGUUUGCCAAGAAGCAGAUGGCUGCUAUGCAGAAGAUGAAGGGCAGAUGUGCAGAUUUGGAAAAAGAAGUCGAAUCCCUCAAAAAGCAAUCUAAAAACAAUAACAGUUCAGAUGACUCCACUCUGAUACAGGAGUUGACUGAGAGGAUGGAUGCCUUACUACUGGAGAAGGCCGAAGUGCAACAAAGUCUUUCACUAUCUCGUAAAGAUCUAGAGAAGACUAAGCAGCAAGCCAAGGAUAAUCUAGCGGUACUGCAAGGAGAGCUUGACCGUGUGAUAGAAGAUCACCAAAGGCAGAUUAAGACUUUAGAGAGCAGCAUUGAGGAAUCCAACAACAAACACCAAGAAGAAGUGGCUUAUUUCCAGAGAUUACUGAAAGACCGGGAAGAAAGUGACAGGAAGAGGGAGAGUGAAAGAGAGAGGGAACAAGCCAUUGCAAAAGAGACCACUGAAGAGGUCCGCCCUUGCUUUGAAGCUCAGCUGGAAACCCUUCGAGCUGAAGUGGAAGGGAUUCAAGAGCGAAAAUCCCAGGAGAUCGCUGAGCUGCAGGAGAGCCACCAAAGGGAGUUGACGGAGGCCCAGCAGGAGGUGGAGAACCUUAAAGAGGAGUUGGCUCAGAAGAGUUUGCAGCACGAUGAGGAAAUGAGGGCUCUGGAGGAGGACUGUGAGAUGGAGAGGGAGCGUCUCCUGUUACUCCACGAGGAGUUGACCGAGCAGCUCGCUCUCAAAGACAGCUACUUGCAGGAUGUGCAGGAGGAAGACGAGGAACCUGCCCGCAGUUCAGGGAUUGCCAAAAUGCUGGAGCUGUCUGCCUGCACUCAGGGUGACUCCAGCCAAGGUGAUGAAGAGGAGACAGAGAUCGGAAGACUGAGAGCAGCCAUGGAAGAACUUCAAGCCCAGAACACCAUGUUGCGGGAUGAGCUUACCCUGCUCAGUAAUGUGAAGAUUGAGCUCGAGGCAGAGCAGGAGAGAGCCAAGGAGGAGUUUCAGAUGGAGAGAGAAGAGAUGGAGUUCAAAAUCAAUGAAUUGCAGAUGAGCCGUGAAAGUGCUCCCAGUCAUCUAGCCAUAACCCUGGACCCGGACCAACAAGAAGUCCAAGGAGAGUUUCAGCAACAGAGUAAAGCACACAAAGAUGGAUGUGAGUUGAAAGAGUCAGCAAUCUGUCCUGGGGACCAAAACCCCUUAAGUCCAGAAGAGCUGAGGGCCCAAUGUGAGUCAUUGACUGAAGAGAGAAACUCUGCCCAGGCUGAGUGUCAACACAUGAGAGACAUACUGCAAGCUGUGGAGAUAGAACUAGGUGAGAAGACGAAAGAUUUUGUUCUUCAGUACAAAGCCAUGAAGGAGCAGGGGGGCAAAACUUUACGGGAACUCCAAGAAAAGAUGGACGAACUUAGCCAAGAGAGGGAUAAUCUUUUGGUGAAGGUGAGAGAAGUUACAGAGGAGAAAAAUACUCUGAUGAAGAACUUAGAACACUUGAAGCCAAAGCUUGAAGGUUCUGUAUGCGAUGACCAGAAACUCCAGUUGUCUGUAGAGGAACAAACAACUUUGGCCUGUGAACUAAAGGAAUCUGUAGAGGAACUGACCAGGCAGAACGAGGAGAUCCUCUCCCAACUGCAGAUGAAGGAAAACAUGACUCAAGACCUGAAGGAGAUUGUCAACAUGCUGACUAAAGAGCGAGACGAAAUACAAUCCCAGCUUCAGCACAGAGAAGAGGAAAUGCAAAAGCUGAACAAUGAAGGAGUAAAUGAAACAGAGAGGCUGCUUGAGGAGAAAGAGAAAGAGGCACUUCAGUGGAGAACAAAGGAAGAGAAGAAGUUAGAAAGCCUGAAAAAAGAGAAGGAGGAUGAAGUGCAACAUCUGAAAGAGGAGAGGGAGAAGAUGGAGGAGAGCCUGAAAGAGGAGGUGGAAAGAAUGCAGGAGACGGUUUCCACUUUAGAGCUGACUAUCAAAGACCUCUCUUCGGAAAAGGUUGACCUUCACCAGAAAUUGGAAGAGGCAUCGUCUGGGCUUUCCAAAGCCCAGGAAACUAGGGAGCUUUUAGCCUCUAAGCUGGCAGCCCUGGAGGCUCAGCUAGAACAGGAGACCUCUGAAAAGAAUCACCUCGUGGCGAAGUUGAAUUCACUGACAGAGGAGGCAGAGCAGGCCCGCGUUACCAUAACAGCUCUGGAGGGAAGUCAAUCUGAUGUACUUCGAAACUCCACUGCGGUAGUCGAGGAGCUCCAAGCACGGGUUGAUGAGCUGGAAAAGGAGAGGGGGCUGUUGAAGAGUAGUCUAGAGGAGGCCCAAGGGGUAAGAGGAUUAGAGGAGGUGGAAAAGGAGCUUCAGGCUCAUAUCGCAGACCUGGAACAGGAGAGGAGCAUGUUGAGAAACAACCUGGAGGAGGUGGUGAAGGAUACCGAAGGGCUGCAGAAAGAUCUGGAGGACAUGAAGUCAGUCAAUGAGAAGAUGCACAAGGAGAACCAGAGACUGCAGGCUCACAUUUCUCUCAUGACUCAAGAGCAAGAGGAAAAGGAGAAAGGGGAAAUUGAGACGAAUAUGGAAAAAGAGAGAAGAGAGCUUAAAGACCAGCUGGCAGAGAAGGAUUCACUCAUAUCUCAGUUGAGGUAUGAGACUGCUGCUCUCCAGGAGUCUGCUGCCCAGUCUGCUUCCUCUGAGGAAAAUGCUACUGGUGAGCUCACAAAGAAAAUAGCCCUCCUGGAGAAGGAACACAAAGAAAAGGAUCAGAAGAUGAACAAAAUCAAAUCAGUUGCCAUCAAAGCAAAGAAGGAGCUGGAAAUCAGCAAGAAAGAGGUUGCAUCCCUCAAGGAAAAAGUAGAAUUACUGAAUGCAGAGAGGGAGAAAGUAAGCAGCUCUAUGAAAGAUAUCAUCCACGGUGCUGAAGGCUACAAGAACCUGCAGAUAGAUUACGACAGGCAGACAGAGCCUGAUAAAGAGAGAGAGAAGGUGGAGGAGGCAGAGAGACAAAUUGUUGAGCUGACCAAACGACUCAGCAGUGCUGUCACACAGAAUGAUACACUGAGCAGUGAGAAAGAGGGCCUGCUGGCCAGUAUGGAGACCAUGAGGAGCACAGUGAGGCAGCUGGAAGUCCAAAACCAGGAGCUGCAAAGACAGUCAGCCAGUCUGGACAGAGACCUGCUGGCUGAGAGAGCUAUGAAAGAACAGAAGAUCAAGGACUUGUCAUCUGCCACAAAGGAGGUAGAAGAGCUGACAGCCCAGCUCCGCAAACAGAAGCAACAGUCUCAGCAGACUGCCCAGGAGCUGGAGCAGCUACGCAAGGAGGCGCAGCAGAGCUCCUUAAUGGACAUGGAGAUGGCCGACUACGAACGCCUGGUAAAAGAACUCAACGUCCAACUUGCAGAUAGAGAUGAGUGUGCUAAGGAGUUAAAGGCCCAGAUAAAUGCACUGACCCAGAAGGAGGACACACUCAAAGAGAAAAUUGAGACUUUGAAGUCCCAGCUGGACCAGGGGGAGGAGAAGACCUCAAAGAUGAAACAGCUGCUGGUGAACACCAAGAAGGACUUGGCCGAUGUCAAGAUGCAGGAAAGCUCCCUCAUGCUGCUGCAGGCCUCUCUGAAAGGAGAGCUGGAGGCUCACCAGCAGCAGCUAGAAAGCUCCAAGAUUGAGGUGUGCGAGCUGAUGGCCGAGCGCCAUCGUCUGCAGGAGCAGCUGAGGUCUGCGUUGGAGCAGCAACAGAGAACCAGCAGCUCCCUGCAGCAACGCAUCAACAGCCUGCAGCAGGAGAGAGACAUUGCUAGGGCUGAGCUCAUGGCAACAGCUGGCGAGUUUGAGGGUUACAAGGUGCGAGUCCACAAUGUGCUCAAACAGCAGAAAAGCAAAACCACUUCCCAGAGUGACGGAGACUCUACCAAAUUAGAAAGGGAGCAGUUGUCCUCUCAGGUAGAACAGCUGAGGUCCAGGCUGGCAGAGAGCCAGCAGAGUCUCCAGAGCUGCACAGCUGAGCUGCAGCAGCUCCAGACUGAACACGACACUCUGCUGGAGAGACACAACAAAAUCCUCCAGGAAACCGUGAACAAGGAGGCCGAGCUCCGUGAGAGGCUGCUGUUGGUGCAGUCAGAAAAUGGGGCUCUGAAGUCAGAUCUUUCCCAGGUUCAGGCUGACCUGUCUUCACAGGUUGAGAGCCAGCGCCAGACCUACAGGGAGCAGCUGAGGAAGCUGCAGGACGACCACCGGGCCACUGUGGAGACCCUGCAGGGCCAGAUGACCCGCAUCGAGGAGCAACUCUUCUACUUUCAGAGCCAGAACAAUUCGGGGCGGUCCAGCCCCGGUCGUAAACCAUGGUCAGACCCCCCGCAAAAACCAGACCAAAACCCAAAGGGUGGCAAUGGCCCUUACGACCCCCAGUCUUGGCCGGGGGGGGGGAGGGCAUGGACCCCAUGAGAUGAAGCCCUUCUCCUGUUCUUAGCCUCUCCCAUCUCGGAGCAUUUCUCAAUCCCCCGCCCCAAAA